CUUACAAACUCACACACACACACACUCACUCUCAUUUCUCUCUCUCUCUCUCUUUUCUCUUUCUCUUUCUUUCUCACACACUCACACACUCUUUUGAGCGCGCCCUCUCACUCAAAUUAACGCUCCCAAAAUACACACACCAAUUUCACAUUUCGCGAUUCCCAUUCAUCUCUCUCUUCCAAAUUCCCAAAUCUGUUCGAUUCGCUUCCAUUCCCAAUUCUAGGGUUUCUUCUUCCCCUCCUAGGGUUCACCAAUCAACAUGGCCACGGAAACCCUAGAAGAGAACAAGCCUCAACAGGAACCUCCCAAACCCGACGCAGAUUCUGCUCCCAAAUCCGACCCUCAGUCCAAACCUAAACCCGAACCUGAGAACCAAGACCAACAGGGAGCUCCACCUGAAGCAAAGCCCGAAGAGGAAGAGCAUGACGAGGGGAAUUCGAAGGAAGACGAGUCAAAGGAAGCUGCUCAAGAAUCCAAGGUAGAAGAAGAGGAGGAGGAGAAGAAAGAGGGUAACAAGGUAGAAGAAGGAGAAGAGGAAGGUGGUGACGAUGAUGAGAAAGAAGAGCAAGAAGAAGAGAAGGACGGUGACGAUGCAGUGAAAGACGAAGAGGAGGAGGAAGGAGACGGAGAGGACGCGGAGGAGGAUGAAGAAGCUGAGGACGAAGACGAAGCUGAAGGUACUGAGAAGGCGAAGAAGAAGGGUAAGGAAACCGAAGCGAAGUCGAAGAAGGAGAAAGCGAGUAAGAAAGAAGUCUCCGAGAAGAAGGAACCGGUUACGCCGGUAAGUGACCGGCCGACGAGGGAGAGAAAGACGGUAGAGCGCUACUCUGUGCCAUCGCCGGCGAGGUCUUCGAGGUCCUCAGCUGGUAAAGCGCUCGCAAUUGCAAAGGGUCGUGGUGAGCAGCUUAAGGAUAUCCCUAAUGUGGCUUUCAAGUUAUCCAAGAGAAAACCUGAUGACAACCUCCAUUUGCUUCAUAAUAUACUUUUUGGGAAGAAAUCUAAGGCACACAAUUUAAAGAGAAAUAUAGGGCAGUUUUCUGGUUUUGUGUGGACUGAAAAUGAGGAAAAACAGCGGGCAAAGGUGAAGGAGAGGAUUGACAAGUGUGUAAAAGAAAAGUUGUUGGAUUUUUGUGAUGUUCUUAAUAUUCCAAUAAACAAGGCCAAUGUGAAGAAGGAAGAACUGUCUAUAAAGCUGUUGGAAUUUUUGGAGUCCCCACAUGCUACGACUGAUGUUCUUCUUGCUGAUAAAGAGCAGAAGGGUAAAAAACGAACCAGAAAGGCAACUCCUAACAAAUCCCCUGGGGACGGAUCUACAGAAACACAUGCCAAGAAGCAAAAGCAACGUUCAGAUGUUGGUAAAAAGAGAAAACAGUCUUCUGAUGUUGAGGAGGAUGAUAAAGAGGAAGUGUCGGAUGCUGAAGAGGCAUCUCAUGAUGAUGAAGACGUUGGAGUUCCAAAUGAUGAAAGUGAAGAGGAAAAUAAAUCAGAGGAAGAGGAAGAAAAACCAAGCACCCAAAAGCGCACUCCUAAAAAGAUUGCAAAAGAGGGUUCAACUGGCAAAGCAGGAGAGAAAUCUACGUCAGGCAAGAAGACAUCUGUGAAGGCUGCUAAGAGUGUUGAGAAAACUCCAAAGAAGUCCUCUUUAAAAAAGACUGACCAGGAUAGUGCUUCUGCAUCCAAGAAGCAGAAAACCUCUAGUGAAAAGUCGGAUACUAAGGGAAAGGCUGCAAGCAAAAAACAAACAGAGAAGCUGUCAAAAGCUUCAGUGAAGGAUCAAGGGAAAGGAAAAGGUAGUAAGAAGUCCAAGAAGGAACCUAGCAGAGAGGACAUGCAUGCAGUUGUAGUUGAUAUUCUGAAGGAAGUUGAUUUUAAUACUGCAACUCUAUCUGAUAUCCUCAGGCAACUUGGUACCCACUUUGGCCUGGAUUUAAUGCAUAGAAAAGCAGAGGUGAAGGAUAUAAUUACAGAUGUAAUUAAUAACAUGUCUGAUGAGGAAGUUGAAGGAGAAGACGAUGAUGAUAAUGAUAAUGAUGGUGAUGGUGAUGGUGAUGGUGAUGAUGGUGAUGGAGCAAAAGACGAUGAGGGUGAUGAUGAUGAAGCUUGAAACUUUAGAGGGAUAAAUAAUAUUUGACCUGUGCAGAAAUUAGAGGCAAUUGGGUCAGUCCAAUAGCUAGAGUUUAUCUUGAUGAUUCUCCUAUCAGCUGUCUCUAUAGGUUAAGCUAUGGUAGAUAUUUGGUUUGAGUUGUGACAUUUUGUGAUAGAUGAUCUAAAUUAGGUUUGUACUUUGUACCAUAUUAGAUUAACCCAGUUCCCUGUAUUACUGAUGUGAUAUUUUAUUUUCUCA